CGAAAGUGAAAGAAAAGUUACUGGAGGCGGCUCCAUCCCCACCCUUUCCUUCCUGCUUGUUUCAUUGUGGGUUUUUGUGGGUUUUUUCCCCCCUCUGGUUGUGUGGACAAGCCUUAGGAAUUGGAGCGUGUGAAAUUGGGCGACCAGAGGGGCUUGGCUUCGGGACCUGGUGACUAUGAAGUUGCUGGGGCAGGUGGAGCAGAGAGUCGGCAAACCACUGCUUCCAAGUGAAUUUUCACAUUUAUUGUUCCUACUGCACCCUGAUCACAACUCUUCUGACCACUGGCUAGAUAGACCAUCCCAAACAGUUACAGCUACAUUUGACUAACACGGACAAGCAUGAGUUUCAGCAGUUGUCUGUAUGAAAUUGGGGAAGCGCUGAGCAGCGAUGAGGUGGCCUCGCUCAAGUUCCUGAGCCUGGACUACAUCCCACCAAGGAAGCAGGAGCCCAUCAAGGACGCCUUGAUGCUCUUCGAGAAACUCCAGGAGAAGAGAAUGCUGGAGGAAAGCAACUUGUCCUUCCUGAGGGAGCUGCUAUACCGAAUCGACAGGCUGGAUCUGCUGGCAAAGGGCCUGAAGACCAGCAAGGAGGAGAUGCGGAAGGAGCUUCAGAUCCCGGGCCGGGCUCAGAUCUCUGCGUACAGGGUCAUGCUUUUCCAGAUUUCAGAAGAUGUGACUGCACAGGAAUUGAAGGACUUUAAGUUUUUUUUGAGCCAGGAGCUCUCCAGAUGCAAACUGGCGGAUAGCAUGAGCUUGCUUGAUAUUUUCAUGGAGAUGGAGAAGAGACUCAUCCUUGGGGAAAGAAAUUUGGACACCCUAAAAAGAAUCUGUAAACAAAUCAACCUGAGCCUGCUGGAUAAAAUCAGUGCUUAUGAAGAAUUAAGUAAAGAGGGGGGGCCAAUUUCAGACUAUCCUCAAGAGCAGGACAGUGAGUCCCAGAAACAGAACUGUGAGCUGCCACGGGAACAGAACUGUGAGUCCCGGGAGCAGGACUGUGAGCCGAAGCAGACAGCGGACAAAGUUUACCGAAUGAAAAGCAAACCUCGAGGAUACUGUGUGAUCUUUAACAAUUAUGAUUUUAGCAAAGCCCGGGAGAACGUGCCCAAACUUCACAUAAUAAAGGAUAGAACUGGAACAGACAUGGAUGCAGAGGCUUUGCACAACACCUUUAGUGAGCUUCAUUUUGAGGUAGUGGCUUACAAAGACGCCACAGCAAAGGAAAUCUGUGAGAUCCUGAAGAACUACCAAAGCAAGGACCACAGUGACAAAGACUGCUUCAUCUGCUGCAUCCUUUCCCAUGGAGACAAGGGCAUCGUCUACGGCUGCGAUGGGCAGGAAGCCUCCAUCUAUGAGCUGACCUCUUACUUCACUGGUUUGAAGUGCCCUUCCCUUGCAGGCAAACCGAAAAUCUUUUUUAUCCAGGCUUGUCAAGGGGAUAACUUUCAGAAAGGCAUAGCUGUGGAGACCGACUCAGAAGAGAAGGAAGCCUAUUUAGAAAUGGACUCAUAUCAGAAGAGAAAUAUCCCCGAUGAGGCUGACUUUCUGCUGGGGAUGGCCACUGUGAACAACUGUGUUUCCUACCGAAACCCCGAAAAGGGGUCCUGGUAUAUCCAGUCACUGUGCCAGAGUCUGAGAGAAAGAUGUCCUAGGGGUGAUGACAUUCUCACCAUCCUCACUGAGGUCAACUUUGAAGUGAGCAGUAAGGACGUGUGCAGUAAGGACAGGAAGAAAGACAAGAAGAAUAUUUGGAAGCAGAUGCCACAACCCACUUUCACGCUGAGAAAAAAACUCUACUUCCCCCUUAAUUGAUCUAUAACACUAUGCUUAAUUUUUGUAUUAUAAUGCUUUUACUUUAUGCUAUCAUUUAUUUGCAUAACACUAUGCUUAAUUUAAUUGUUAAUAAGAUUAGAUUUAUCUCCCCCAUUUAUUUUAUGUUGUUAAUCCUCAGCGGAGGGUAUUUUUCCCUUUUCAAUGGGUUGCUUCCGGUAUGAGCCCCAAGGUACGUGCCCUUGACCAAAUUGAACCUGGGACCAUUUGGUCCAAAGGCUGAUGCUCUAGCCACUGAGCCAAACUGGCUAGGGCCCCACCCCCCAGUUUUUGAAGUCAGAGAGGGGAGAGAAUGGGAGUCAAGACAAUUUAAUUUUUAUGCAAAUUGAAGCCUAAAUUUCUGGCUUUGCAACAAUAGCUAGAUAUUUAUAGCCAUAGGCAUGAUUUUAAUUGUAUUUUUAAUUUGAUAAAAAAGUUUUAAAAACUAUAGUAGAUACAAAGGAUAGUAAGUUUAAAAGAAAUGCAACAUUACAAUGGUUCAAAAACAGUGGCAGAAUGUGUACUUCACACAUCUCUGAUCUGCUUUCAGCCCAAAGUCAUUUAAUUCCUUUCAAAUCAGCGGUUGCCACCCGGAGGUCCUUGGACCCCUGAUGGUCCGUGAGGUCCAAAAGGUUGGCGACCGCUGCUUCAAAUUGUUAAGAAUUGUGCUCCGUGGAUGGAGCACCGGCCUGUGGACUGAAGAGUCCCGGGUUCGAUUCCGGUCAGGGGGUGUGCUGGAAGCAGCUGAUCAAUGAUUCUCUCUCAUCAUUAAUGUUUCUCUCUCUCUCCCCCUCCUCUCUGAAGUCAAUAAAAAUAUUUUUUUUAAAAAAAGAAUUGUUUUUUAACAGUUCCUCUCUUUCUAAGCCAUCCUCCACACUACAAUUAUAUGUAAGGAAAACUUUUCCUUUUUAUUCAUCCAGGUUCUUUGGCUUUUCUACUAAUUAAAAUGACGUAAGAUAAAUUAACAGUAGAAAAAUAAAAUUAACUUUCAUACAUGCUCAUAGAAAUAUGAGACUAAAAAAACCCCACCAAAUCAGGCAGAUUUUAUAUCUUUUAGACAAAAUAACAAUAAAUUUGAGAAGAAUUUACAAGACAAAGAAGUUUGGGUUCAAUUAGUAAAGAAAUAACAAGUUUUGUUUACACUGCCUUCUUGGCCAUGAAUUCCCUAUCUGAUAAUAUUGAUGCCUUCUACCCUCUUCA